AUGGAGUGCCGCUGCUUCGAAGGGCUCUUCAGUGAAUCACCGCAGGAGCUGACUGCCCUUCAACGCGGCAUAGGCCCUGGCAUCCAUGCGGCGUUGGAAGGCUGGGUGUGCUUGGUGACCUCCAGUGCCCCGCGAAAAUCCAGAGAGGUUUAUGCAAGGCUCACUGCAGAUGCUCUUGGCUUCUACAAGGACAAGCCGCAGAUGGUCUACGACCCGGUGCAGAUCGCCACGGCCGUCGAGGGCAUAGCCAGCCCGAGCGAUGGCAUCGCGCCCGAGGAAGUUGUGCUGCUGGCGCACAUCGCCUCGGUCCUAGGCCGGUCCCAGGGCAGCCAGCACGUCCGCCUCUCCGACGGCCGGGGAAAGUGGUGGCAGUUGACACCGGCCUCCCCAGAAUUGGUGACGAAGUGGGCCGAGGCUUUGGCGAAGCGUUUCGACAAGUUCAAGACGGCCCGGCGGCGGAGCUCCAUGUACACGGCGGUGCAGCAGGACGACCUGAAGCAGCAGCUUGAGGCAGCCUCGCAGCAACGGAGACUCUGGCGGCGCUUGGUGGCGCUUCUGCCUUGUGCCCCGCGCCGGGACUUCUCUGAGGCAGUCGGCGGCUCCUUCGUGCCUUACAGAGGGAGCCGGGAGGGCGUGGGUGACCUGGUGGACCAAGAUGCCUUGAGCCAAGUGACAGAUGCGGAUCUCAUGGAGGCACAGGCUUUGCAUUGGUCGGAUUCGGCAGUGACUUUCUUGCAGACCUGCAAGGGCCUCCCUGAGGAUCUGCUGCCGGACUUCCUCUACUCCGUGCGAAAGGGCGUGCCCGAUGGCCUGAAGAGGCUGAUUUGGCCCCUCGCAGCUGGCCAAGCCUUGGCCUCGAAGGUCUCGGAUGUGAACGCAGAUGAUGUCUACAACAAUCUGCUGGACCGGAGCUUUGGGGGCGUUCACCCGCACGAGUUCCAGGAUCCCGUCCCAACCUUCUGCCAGGGGGUGCAGGGCGUCGAGGAUGCGCCGGCGCUGAGCGCAGUCGUGAAGCAUCUGUGGCUUCUGAAGCCACAGGGACAGCAUACACUGAGGCGGCUCCUCUGGGUGUCGCAGCUCACAAGCAACCACGUGGAGUUCUGCCCCUUCCUGCCGAAUUUGAUGGCCACACUCCUUUCCUUCUUUACCGAAGCUGAAACCAUGUUCAUCGUCCGCGAGCUGCUGCUGGAGGCGGAGAACGCCCCCGGCGGAGAAAGCCCGAAGAUCAUCCUGAACCUCAGCCAAAUGCAGAAGCAGGCCAAGCUGCUGGUGCGGGAAGGCAAAAAGCGGGGCAUUAUCCCCAACAUCCUCGCCCACCUGGAGAGUCUAGGACUCAACACCGAGGAGGUGGCCACGCGCCUGCUCCAGGACGGGCUGGCGAGCAAACUGAACUUCCGGGCGCUCUGUCGCCUUGUGGGUGCCUUCCUUGGCGAGGGCAGCGAGGUCAUCCUGCGAUUCGCUUUAGCUUUGCUGAAGCAGUCGGAGGAGGCCCUCCUCGCUUGUUCCUCCAGCAACGAGGUCAUGGACUUCUUGGAAACCAUGAUCCAGCGGCAGCAGGGCAACCACGAAGAGGUGAAUGCGCUCACCAAGGUGGCCUAUUCCCUACCCCUGCGGAAUCUCUCCAUGGCACGAGUGAGCAGCUCCUGGAAGAUCUCCUAUGCUGCUCCGAAGCAGGCCUAUGAGAAGCACAUGUUCUGCCGGCCACGACUCUACGAGCCAAGAGGUUCUGUUCCGGAUGAGAUCUGGGAGGCGAUCUGGCCUUGGGUCCCGGCUAACUGUCGCGUCUUCGACCCGCAUUUGAUUUACACACCAGUCGUGGACGGAACGUCAUUACGCACUUGCUUAGAGAAGUGCAAGAAGUGCAGAGAUGCAGCCAUGUGCUUUUUCGUCUACAGUGAGUUCGGAGACGUUUUGGGAGGCUUCUCACCCGUGAUCUGGGCCAGGACCAGUGGCUAUCUCGACCUGAUGACCUCCUUCAGGGCUGCUGAAGACGCCUUCGUCUUCAGGAGGCUUCAGGGCAAGACCACGGUGGACGUCUUCACUUGGACUGGCGCCAACCAGAUGCUCAUGCAGGCUUCUGAGCUGCAUGGCUUGAUCUUCGGUGGGGAUGAUGCCGCGGUGCACGUGAACAAGGACCUCACACGAGCAACCUCCAGCGCUUCGCGAUCCUUCAGCUCUCCACCACUUUUGGAGGAGAACCACGGCGAGUCGAAGGUGGACGGAGUUCGCGACUCCUUCGAGAUUUGCAGGUUCGAGGUCUUCGCUUUGCUGUGA